UUCACACACACACAGACUCAUAGGCUAGAGCAAAUGCAUCGAUCGGUGCCCACUUUGAUCUGGUUCCGUUGUUAUGGGUCUGCGUUAAUAGCAAUCGAAUCCUGUUAAUAGCAAUCGAAUCCUCCAUUUCCGUCGGUGGCAGCAACAGUACAUGAAACAUGAUAACAAUAAUCUCUCUGUUUCCCUCCUCCGCAUCUCUCUAGUUUGCCUUCUCGUCGCCGUCCACACACCCAUCUCGCAAACCCCACGCCUUUCUUCAUCCCCCACUCUCCCGAUCUCCGCUACAAUCAACGCCACCGUCUCCUCUCCCGAUUCCUCGGAGAUCCGCGACCCGCUCACCGUCAUGUCCAAGGCACGAGUCUACGCUGAUGUCAACGUCAUUCGCCCUAGAGAGUAUUGGGACUACGAAUCCCUCACUGUUCAAUGGGGUGAUCAAGAUGAUUAUGAGGUUGUUCGGAAAGUUGGAAGGGGGAAAUACAGUGAAGUUUUUGAAGGGAUAAACGUCAACCCGAAUGAACGAUGCAUAAUCAAGAUUCUGAAACCCGUCAAGAAGAAAAAGAUAAAGAGGGAGAUCAAGAUACUUCAGAAUCUUUGUGGGGGUCCAAAUAUUGUCAAGCUUCUUGAUGUUGUAAGAGAUCAACACUCAAAAACCCCAAGCUUGAUAUUUGAGUAUGUCAACAGCACUGAUUUCAAAGUCCUGUAUCCCACACUGGCUGACUAUGACAUCCGUUACUACAUUUAUGAGCUUCUCAAGGCAUUAGACUAUUGCCAUUCACAAGGAAUAAUGCAUCGAGAUGUGAAGCCUCAUAACGUUAUGAUAGAUCAUGAGUUGCGAAAACUACGAUUGAUAGAUUGGGGUCUUGCUGAGUUUUACCAUCCUGGCAAGGAGUAUAAUGUUCGAGUUGCAUCAAGAUACUUCAAGGGGCCUGAACUACUGGUUGAUUUUCAAGAUUAUGAUUAUUCUUUGGAUAUGUGGAGUCUCGGUUGCAUGUUUGCUGGAAUGAUUUUUCGCAAGGAGCCAUUCUUUUAUGGACAUGACAACCAGGACCAACUUGUCAAAAUUGCAAAGGUGCUUGGGACUGAUGAGUUGAACGCAUAUCUGAACAAAUAUCAUCUUGAACUUGAUCCUCAACUUGAGGCACUUGUUGGAAGGCAUAGUAGGAAACCUUGGUCCAGAUUCACUAAUGCAGAUAACCAGCACCUAGUAUCUCCUGAGGCCAUAGAUUUUCUUGACAAGCUUCUUCGGUAUGAUCACCAGGAUAGACUUACUGCUAAAGAAGCAAUGGCUCAUCCAUAUUUUUCACAAGUGAGGGCUGCAGAGAAUAGCAGGGCACGGCCGCAGUAACCAAAUGCCACAGAUAUCUUGAGGAACAUUAGAUUUCCACUGCUAAGAAGUCGAAUGAAUCGUUCCCAAUUAUUAAUUGCCAUGUAAUAAUUUUUGGCUCAUUCUAUAAUUUUCAAGACUUAAGAACAAACAGUAUGAAUCCUGUCAGUCUGUUGUCUUUCUAUGUUAUUUUGUUGUUCUCAGUUGUUAAAAGAAGUCUAUUUUGCUGUUCUUAUUAAUAUCAAAACUGAUUGAAGUAGUAAUUGUUGA